AUGAUACUCAAUAAAUAUGAGAUUUAUACAAUUAUAAUUUUACAAGCCAACCCCAAUGCCAAACAAUUUCGAUAUACUGGACUACAAUAUUCGAACGAGUUAAAAGCAUUAUUUGACGGUGUUAGAGCAACAGGAAGAUUUUCAUGGGGACCAUCAAAAGAAGGGUUUCCUACUGAUGGCACUCAAUCACAAUCACAAACGUACAUUAAUCUUGACAUUGGAUCUCUUGAGACACCUUCUUCGCCAAAUGGUGACGCGGAAAAACAUGGCAAUAAACGGCAAAAGAAAAACAAGUCCGAUGAUCUUGAUAAACAACUGCUUGAAGCUCUUCACACUUUACAAAGUUCUGAUGGGCCAACACUAGAAGAAUGCAAUCGUACUCUGGAUGAGAUGCAACUUUUUGACAUGAGCGACCCAUUAUAUAUAGUUGCAUGUAGCAUUUUUUGCGAGAGCAAGGCACACAGGGAGCAAUGGAUGCUAUUACAUCAAAAACCAGAAGUAGUUAGAAAAAGCUGGAUAGAGUUGAAUGGCAAGAAGUUAGGAUUACUUUGA